CUUUAUAUGUCCACCUCAUUAUUAUAUCGAAAUUAGAUUACAUGUGAUAAAUUUCUAAAUUAUCGUACAUUGGACUUGAAAUUUUUAAUCCGCCAAUUGGGCCUUCAUUUAUGAGAGUAUUUAUUUCCGUUGUCACCGCCUGUGUUUUGACAAACAACUUUCUUCUUCCCAGUUCGAUUCUUGCUCUCAUCUUUUCUCUUGUUUGUCAAUCGAUGGAGUUUUUGCCCGGUUCUUUUCUUUGACGAUGGAUUUGUUGCUAAGAUGGAGACACUGGAUUCGUCCGUUGGUAAUGACUUUCUAUGGCGUGUGCCUUUUGGUGGCCCUGCCCCUCUGCAUCGUGGAACUGCACAAGGCUGGGGCUGAGACUCAUGUGGAAGGUUGGUUCGUUGGAGGUCUGUUCGUCAUGAUGGCUCUACCGAUAUCUUUAUGGGGAAUCCUUCAACACCUUAUCCAUUAUACUCAGGCUCACCUUCAGCGUCACAUCAUCAGAAUUCUAUGGAUGGUUCCAAUCUAUGCUCUAAAUGCCUGGUUUGCGUUGCGCUUUCCACAAGCUGCAAUCUAUUUGGAUACCCUGAGAGAAUGUUACGAAGCCUAUGUCAUCUACAAUUUCAUGAGUUACUUACUCAGCUACUUGCAUAACGAAUAUUCUCUGGAAGUUGUUCUCUCACUCAAAAGCCAAGUUAAUCAUUUUUUCCCAUUUUGCCUACAUCCUCCUUGGCCCAUGGGACGUAAAUUCAUCAGAAAUUGCAAGCAUGGAGUAUUACAGUAUACAAUCAUACGACCAACUACGACAGUGUUAGCUUUAAUUACUGCACUUUGUGGGAAAUAUGAUGAAGGAGAAUUCAAUGUUGAUUCCGCUUGGCCAUAUUUGGUUUUCAUUAACAAUGCUUCUCAAGUUUGGGCCAUGUAUAACUUGAUCCUCUUCUAUAGAGCUGUCAAAGAAGAGCUGCAACCUAUCAAUCCGAUUCCAAAAUUCCUCUGUGUUAAAGCUGUUGUCUUUCUCUCUUUCUGGCAAGCUGUUCUUAUUGCAGCCCUUGUGAAAACCGGGGUCAUAACUGAGAAGACAUCAUGGGGAUAUUAUUCUGUAAAAAUGGUUGCUAGUGGUCUUCAGGACUUCUGUAUCUGCAUUGAAAUGUUUCUAGCAGCCGUAGCACAUUAUUUCUCUUUCUCACACAAACCAUUUAUCGACAUGACUGUGGACCAUGCCAACUGCUGUACAUCAUUCAUGUCCAUGUGGGAUAUUUCUGAUGUCCGAGAUGAUAUUAUUGAGCAUGUCAGAGUUGUAGGUGGUGGAGUUGGUCGCACUCUUCGUGGUUUUAGUUCAAUCAGAAAGAGUGAACGCACGCCUCUUCUGCAAGAAAAAUCUCCGUCUUUGUCCGCUUCAAAAGACUCCAAACAUACGGCAAGCGAAUUCCAGUCGUCCUGUGAACAUGGAGCAUCAAACUAUCAACAAUCGGUGUGCAGUGACACUGGAGAUGCCAACAGCAUUGCAGAUCUUGAAUCGUCACAGUUCACUGGUUCGCAGCGGCACCAGUCUUAUGAUUGGAGCAUGAACAAUUUCUAUGAAGCCAGCAUCGAGUCAUCGGCAACGACGAAUUUCGAAGGUUACGAGAGAACCGAAACUCUGGCAGUUGGCUCAACUGAGGGACUUGAUACAGAACAUUCCGAUCCUAUUGUGACAAACACUGAAGAUUGUUCAGAGACAGAAUAUCAGAAAGAAUAUGAUGUUCACAAACAAAAUAAUGUAGACAUUUAACUGACAUCUUUAUUUUUAUUAUUAUUUGAGAGAGAGAGAGAGAGUGAGAAAGAGAAAGAAAGAUAGAUAGAGGGAGUGUGUGUGUGUGUCUAUAGACACACACACACACAUAUGUAUAUACGUGUAUAUAAUGUGUAUCAGAAUGUGUGUGUGUGUGUGAUAUAUUUGCAUGUUUUCUAAUGAUACAUUAUGAGAUUGAGCUGAAGUAUUGGAAACAUUCUCCCUUCUAAAUUUUGUUUGUUUGUUUGUGUGUGUGUGUGUGUGAGAGUGUUUUGGAGGUGUUCUUGAUUGGCAGGUGAUUUGAUUAGAGACCGUGUGUUAAAAGGAAAGCAAAUACACAUAUUAACCAUUUAAAGGCACACAAACAGUGCUUAUUUCACUUAAACAUUUACUAACUUGUGUCAAAACUUUUGUUGUACUAACUGACCAGAUUCUAUUGGGAAACUGUGACAAUUACCAGGUUGUAGUAAGUGUGACGAAAAUUUUGACAGCAAUUAAUAAAUGUUUAAGUUAA